CUCCUGUGUCCAUUGGACUGGGUCUGCCGAACGUUAUAAUUAGUGCGCUCGCAAUUUUUAAGUUGCUAGUCAAUAUUUUUAUGAAAUUUGGGUGAUAUCCAAAGAAAUUACGAACGAUUUGCAUCUGUGAAAACAUAUAUGCUCUUGGACAUCGGCUAGUAGCUGGAAAAAGUUUGUGAAGAUGGGCUUGCAGCUCCGCUGGGGCGUGUGCGGCACCGGCAUGAUCGCGCACGACUUCCUGACCGCGCUCGGGACGCUGCCCGCGGACCAGCACCGCGCGGGCGCCGUCGCCGGCAAGGAGCGCGACCGCACGCAGAGACUAGCCAGCUUACACCAGGCGAGGAUGCACGACUCGUAUGAGGCGCUCGCUGCCGACGACAACAUAGACAUAGUAUUCGUGAGCGUGCUAAACCUCCAGCACUACGAAAUAACCAAGCUGAUGCUCGAGCACGGCAAGCAUGUGCUCUGCGAGAAGCCGAUGGGCAUGACGCACAAACAGACGCAGGAGCUGGUCACCAUGGCGCGCGCGCGGAAACUGUUCCUGCUGGAGGGCAUGUGGUCGCGGUUCUUCCCGGCCUACGACGCCCUGGACAAGCACAUCGCCGGGGGAGGCUUGGGGGAUGUGUAUCAUGUCAAUGUGCAGUUCGGGGUCGAGAUCAAUGAUAUUGAGAGGAAUUUAAUGAAAGACCUCGGCGGCGGCGCGGUGCUCGACCUCGGGCUUUACAUGCUCCAACUAGUCCAAUGGAUCUUCAAGAAACCGCCUUCAGAUGUCGUGUGUACGGGGCACAGGAGCAGCGCAGGCGUGGAUGAGUCUAUAUCAUGUGCGCUCAAGUACCCUGAGGGGAAGACUGCGAGCAUUGCGGCCCACACGAGGGUCGCUAUGGGGAAUAAGGCUGAGAUUGUUGGCACUAAAGGCUCGGUCACUCUGGAUUACUUCUGGUGCCCGACCGCGCUUCGCCUCUCGGCCGCCAACAGCACAGAGUGGACGCUGCCGCGGGGCCGGUUCAACUUCCACUUCCACAACAGCGCCGGUCUCUCCUACCAGAUACAAGAGUGCUACGAUUGUAUAUCACAAGGUUUGCUAGAAAGCCCAAAGCUACCAUUAGAUGAAAGCAUACUACUGUCAAAGUUGGCGGACACUAUGCGAUCGCAACUAGGCGUAUUAGACAACGAACUAUAACGCAUUUACCCCAGGUCCACCGGCCUUUAUUGGCUCAUUUACCUCUGACAAGAAGAGGCUAGUAUAACGAACAGUUCCCAUUGUACAGUCUGCAGUAAUAUUAUCUUGGACAACAAAGCGCGCAUAUAUAUCUGACACACAACAUGACUAUAGUUGACUAAAGCUUAUGUUAAACAGGGUGGCCCGAAAACCCGUCAUUAAAUUUUUUUUUGGGAAUUAUUCUUACGUACCUACUAAUACUGGUUAAAGUUAAAGGUUUCUGGUUUGUAUGAGGCCAUCCUUUAUAUUUUGGUAUGUUUUGUUCUGCAAGAUACUAUGAUAUAUUACAAAAUUUGCAAAAAAAUUGUACAAUGGAAUAGUGACGUCAUAGAACAAAACGAGAAUUAUAAAAAUGGAAUUUUAAUGUUAUAUCUACAGAUGUUUAAAAAAUAAAGAAUAUACCAAAAGGGUUAAUCCCACCAAGUGCCAGUAGUUAUACAUGUUGGGGUAAUUAACUGUGUUUAAUUUAGUUAUUUAUAAAUUAGCAUUAAAAUAAAGUUAAUCUUUUGACGUUGAUAUUGUGUUACAAAUAUAAACCUUCGCAAAAUAAUACGCGAAGCAGGCCGCGUAGCCAAGAUGCCAAUCGCUUACGCUCCGUAGUGAUCGAAACGCAACUGUCACUGUCACACUAAUAAUGAAGAGUGAUAGAGAUACAUAAUGCUUUUCGUUGUCGGAGCGAUAGCGAUUGUAACCUUGGCUAGGCCGGCAGAUUAACCCCAAAACAGUCGUCAUACAAAUUAGAUAGGUAUUUAUUAUUAUUAUAAAGUUAUUCAUAGAAUUGUUUGUAGAGGUAUGCACACAAAUAUUAUAGACAAUGUAUAAAGCCAUGUGAUCAAGUGAAGUCGAAUUUGUUAUCAUAUCAAUUAAAAACGGCUGGCUAGAGAUUUCAACCAAUUUUGGCAGAAUUGAUACAAAAGCCCAGUGAAAAAAUUUUAAACACUUGUAUGACCAAGUUAAAAGCAAAUUCUAGGUUUUAAAUAAUAAUGUGAAAUAACAGUGGAACAAAUUAAUGUGAUAGUAUAAUUGGUAUAGCAUCCUACAGUGGCAGCGCGGGCAAACGGUCGAUAUAUCGAACUAUUAUAAUCAUUUUAAUGAGAAGCUAGCUUAGCCAUAUUAUGCCCACCUUUAACUAAUAAAUACGUACAAUAUUCAUGAAAAUUUUCGUUCCAUUAGAUUCUCCACUAUUUGCGGGUUGAUACCGUAAUAAAAAAAUAUUUAGUAUGACUUACAUUUUAUCCUCGCAUAAUAUGACUAAAAAAUUAAUAUUUUUAUUGUAUUAGGUAUAGCAUGUUGUUUAAUAUAAACUUCAUCUAAGGGAACAAAAUAAUACACAUUAUAAAAUCAAAAUCCAUUUUUUAAGAAUCGAAAGAGGCUGCGCUGCUACAUUUAAAUAUUAGGUGAUUUUAAAGUAUUUACCUCAACUAACUGUGAUUGCCCGGAGAGAAUUGUACACUAAAGUUACUUAUUUAUGUUUUAUUUAUAUUCUUAAGAGAUCGUCAGACUAGCCAAUCUUUCCGCCAAUUUGUUGUUCAACUAGCCUAGAAUUAUACGAGAUAAGAUUCAAAACUGAGUUAGUCCAAAGUUUAACAGUAGGUACUUAAUAAAAGAAUCUGAGCAGAUUUUACUAAAUUAUUAUGGAGUAUUUAACCGAGAUAAUACUGCUGAUAAAAUUAGUUAUU